AUGAAGUUCACCACCACCCUCGCCGGCCUCGCCGCCCUUUUCGCCAGCGCUGCUCCAGCCUCUGCCCAGCAUGCCACUUCGGCCACCGUGACUGGCUUCUCUGCCACUCGUAACGCGACCCAUAUCAACUACCGCGCCACAAUCAACGUCCUCCCCGAAAACGCUCUCGCAAGCUUCACCCACGCCACCGUGGGACUCACACUGCCCACCAGUAGCGGCGCCUGGACCUCCACCGACCCCAAGCUCGUGCUGCGCUUCAACGUGUUCACCGGCACCGAUCAGGUGCGCGUCCUGCUGAGCGACACGCACGUUGUUGCGAACACGGUCAACCUGGAUUACUUCUCUACGUACUCUACCGAUUGGGUGCCCACCGGAGCGGCCGGGAGUGCGGCUUAUACUGGGCCUAGUGCUUUUACGCUUGCUUAA